CUCUGAAAAAAACUCAUUUCAAUUAGAUCUAAUUUGUCGAACUGAUGGUGCCUAAAUUUUAGAAACACUGGAAAAUAUCAACAACUAAUCUAAUUCUAAAUAUUCUUACAAAUUCUAAGACGUUAUAACAAUUACAUAAACUUUAGUUUUUUGCAGGAUUUAAAUUCAAAAUCAACAUAUUUACAUUUUUGUCCAACUUUUUGACAGAAAUUUGGUGAAAUUAUUACAUAACUAAUUAUGUAAAACCCCACAUAUAAAUCAUACUAAAUAUAUCCUAGAACACCGUCCAUCUCUAUUAACAUGUGCUAAUACAGCUUGAGUUUUUGUUUUUCAUUUUCAGUUUAUAUAGAUCCUCUUAAAUUUGAUUGUUUGACCAGAGUAAGUAAAUGAUAUCAAUGAAACCCAAGCAUACAUACAUGCAUGCUGACAAAAAAAAAACUUGAUUUUCAUAAUCUUGUUCCCAUUUUAAUUGAAAAACAUAUCUCCUCAGUAGAAAUUUCUUAUUGUUUUUGACAGAUACCAAUCAUGUAUUUUAAAGGGAAAUUUGCCAAUAUGGAACUAAAUCUCUAAAGUAUUGUCUCCUUAGAACUAAAUUCUCUAACCUUGUCCGUAUAGAAUUAAUUCUUGUCCCCUUAGAACUAAUACUUUGUGAAUCUACUAUUUUGUCCUUUUCUUUAUAAUAUAGUUAAUAAAAUUUUAAAAACUAUAUGAAUUAAAAAGGAAAUACUUAAUUAAAUAAAAAUAGGGCAAUUUUUUCCCAACUCUCCAUCUCGUUCUCUCCGACUCUCUUUCCCAAUCGAGAGACGAUUUCUUUCUCGCCGGCGACACCUUCCGCCUCUGAGAUUCUUGGUUCGUCGGAGAGCUUCAACGAGGAGACACAUCGCUUCUCCCUCCUCCUUCUUGCGUAUUUCCUCUGUUAGUGCCACCGGUUAGAUUGUCGUUCUUAUCUCCGCUGCCGCCGACCAUCGAAGCUGCUCAAGCUCGGGAGUAGCUUCUCCUCCCCGAUUAAGGACGAUUAGUUUCACAGUUGUUUUCUUUUGCUAUUCCUUCAUCUCGGUUCUGACAAUUUGAAGGAAUGGCUCACCAGUUUCCUAAACGCAUUCUUCAAGAAGGUGCUGAGACGCAAAUGGAUAAGAUUAACAACACAUGUAGAAGGACGCUUCUGAAGGCGGUAAAGGUGGCUCUGAAAGAUGAGUAUGAGGAAGUUUUGAAAGACCCUGUCUUCGGGCCUCUUCUGGCGAUCAUAGAGAACAACCUCAUCUACUCAGGGAAGAUUAUUCACAGCUUCAUGUGCAAGCAGCUCAGGGUUUCCAAGCUUCACGAGCUGUGGUUUAUUUUUGCGAAGAGGCCUCUUAGGUUUUCUAUGCAAGAAUUUUAUGCUGUGACUGGAUUGAAGUACAAAGAGGAACCCGACGUAGACUUCAUUAACUGGAAGAAUGAUAAGGGGUUCUGGGCUAAUGCGCUGAAGACCAAUGCGAAGAUCAACUUAUAUACUAUAAGGGAUGAGCUCCUUAAGGUGUGUAACGAGUGGUCGUAUGUGGACAGAGUGAGGUUAGUGUAUCUGUCCAUUAUACAAUCAUUCCUCAUGGCUAAGGAUUGGAAAGUGUAUAUCCCUCAAGAAUACAUCCGCUUGGUGAUGGAUUUUGAGAAAUUGAGGAUGUAUCCUUGGGGUCUUCGCGCUUAUGAUGAGCUGAUUGCAUCAAUACUCAGAGCAAGAGAAGAUGUGCAUACGAAGAACAGCUACGUGUUGGAUGGAUUCUCAUAUGCGUUUCAGAUAUGGAUUAUGGAGGCAAUUCCAGACAUUGGUUCUAUGGUGGGUAAAAAAAUAAAAAAAAACGUGAAGAAAAUGAGAUGUAGGAAUUGGAAAGGUAGUGGUAAAGUAUCCUACCAAGAUAUCACCAGCCUAGAGUCCCACUUUGAUAAGGGAGAGCUGUUCACAUUUAUAUCAUCUACUGGUGAUUUCGAUGUGAUUGCUGAUACUGAGUUCCUUAGGGAAGAUGAAAAGAAGGACGAAAGAGUUGGUCGUAUUGUUGAAUUGAUCAAUGCGAAACAAGACUGGACGCAUUUCGAUUGGGAAGUUGAGUCUUUGCCUGCACAUAUGGACCUUUCUGAUUCAGAACAAGAUGAACCGGCUGAUGUUGCAGAAGAACCGUCAGAACAAGAGGAAGCGACUGUAGUUGCAGGGGAACCGGCUGUUACUGCGAAAAGAGGCAAGCGCAAGCUAAUUGAUCCUGGUGCCGAGUCUCGAAAGAAACAACUGCUUUGUCAACGUGCGGCUGAACACAACAGUGGUGUCUCUAGUGAAAUGAAGACCUUCAUUGAAGGUUUGUUCACCGCUUCUUUCAACUCUUUUAAGGAAGUGGUGCAGAAGGACAUACAUGAGCGUUUUGACAACGUUGCCAAUGAGGUGUCUCAACUCAAGGAACAAGUCUCUCAGCUUAAGGGUCUAUCGGAAACAGUGGGAAAAGGCAACACAUCCGAGAUUCUCUCUCCUUCAGCAACAAUUGGAAAAGACCAAGGACCAUCAUCUCAUAGUACGGGUCCUCCCGCAGAAAGGGAAAAGGAUGUUCAAACUGAUGAAAAUGAAAUGAUGGAUUUUUUGAAGAAUUUGACCAAAUCAGCGAGAUGUGUAGAUAAGGGGACCCAAGACUCUUUACAAGAAGCCAUGGGAAACCUUUCUCAAGCAUCUCAUGUUAAAGGUUUUGAUCCUUCACAACAUCUGGAUGGUGAUGAACCAGCUGACUUUGCCACUCCACUGUCUUCGUUUAAGCCUGCGGAUUGGAGACCACCUACUCUGAAAGACGUGGACUCACUUGAGGACCGGAUACAUGAUCCCGAUUACUCACUAGUGUUUGUCCCUGAGGCAUCAUGGGGCAAACUUGUUGACUGGACCAAAACUUUCAAAGAACUAAAAAUUGGACCAUCUAUGCUCACAAAUGAGUUAGUAACUCGUGUCGUCGGACCUUCAGAGUGGCUCCUGAAUAAGGAAAUUGAUGGUAUGAUGUGGUUAUUCACUGAGAGGACUUCCUUGCGGCGAUGGUUUCCAAAUAAAGUAGCCUUCAUGACAUGCUUGUUCAGUAAUCAAAUUACGAACUCUUACAACGAGUAUAAGAAGGACAAGAAGAAAUUCAAAGUGGGCGGACUGCUACAACAGUACGGCAUUGGCGAACUUCCAGCACACGGACGAACAAGACUAAUGUGGGAUCUUGAUGUUAACCGCAUGUAUGUCCCCCUAAAUGUUGGUAAGCACUGGAUCUCUAUGUGCGUCAACUUUGUUACUCGGUCGAUAGAGGUCUUUGACUGUGAGGGACUGAGACACCCCGGUGCAGUGGAGCCAUUUGCAGUUCUCAUCCCUAGAAUUGUCAAAGCCAUUCAGUCUUCUAAGAGUCGACAGUAUCAAGUCAAGCAGUAUACCGUCUCCUACGUCUCAAUGCCCUUCUUAUUGAACAAAAGUAGCAGUGACUGUGGAGUAUAUGCCUUGAAGCACAUUGAAUGCCAUCUUCUAGGCUUGGACUUUUCCCUGGUGAAUGACAACAACAUUCGUGAAGCGCGGCAGAAGAUUGCUUAUGACCUAUGGGAAGCUGCUAUUGAUCCUGUCCUUAUUGAAAGGAUGGCAAAAUUCACUCCCCCGAAGACAAUUUCAAGUGCUCUAGUGGAACUUGAAUAA